AUGUGCGACCUAGCAGAAGACUUCGGCGCGCCGUCGCUGUCGAUCAGCAAAGGUCGAGCAAUUCUUACACCUGGGCUUGCCGACAAGCUCAAAAGUGGCCCUAAAUUCAUCAUCCGAACCGUAUCCAACAUUAAUAAGGAAAUCCGAGUCGUCGCAGUUUGUGGUAUAAUCGACGUCGAAGAGAUGCUGCUUGUGUCUGAUUGGGAGGCCCCUCCAGAUGCACCAGAACUAUACCAAGAGGCAGGCCAGGCAGAUCCUAGUGCAGAUGGCUGGUCUUUCAGCGACUUCUACGCGUUCAGACACCUGCUGAAAGACAUUGGAGCGGCUGCGCAAUUCUGGAUUGUGUCAGAGCCACCACGAGAACUAUGCUUAACGCCGACCUCUUCGAUCAAUGGCACUUAA